UUUUAAAAAGCCAAGGCAGCUCCCAAGUUGAUCAGUGUGCUCUGCAACCUCAGCCGGGGAAAGUAGUGCUAAUUGAAGGGGAAUGUUUUUGGAGCUCGGCUUUUUGUUUUGAAUGCAAAGGCUUUUGGUUUUGACAGGGGUGAGAGGGCAUCAAGUGAUACAAGUCUAUCAUUAAUGUGCUUUUUUUGUUGUUUUGUUUUGUUUUGAUUUAGAUGGCAACAAUACUUGGAUAAAGAGUCUUGUCUUUAGCUUUUAAGACUGGGAUUAUCUGAUUGAGGCAUUGUGCUUCAUUAGAGCGGUCCACUUUUCCCCCCCUUCCUCCUCCUUCCCUCCACCACCACCUCCUCCUUCUCCUCCUCCUCCUCCUCUCCGCAAUUUUGACGCGAUAACUUAGACGAGACGACAACAAUGUUUGGGACUUUGUGCCUCUUGGUGACGCUUCUGUGGGGACUGCGCGGCUGCUGCUGCUGGGGCUCGUACGUGCCAUGCGAGCCGUGCGACGACAAGGCGAUGUCCAUGUGCCCGCCGAUCCCGAGCGGCUGCCAGCUGGUCAAGGAGCCGGGCUGCGGCUGCUGCCUCACAUGCGCCCUGAGCGAGGGGCAGGCGUGCGGCGUUUACACGGGGACGUGCGCGCAGGGCCUCCGCUGCCUGCCCCGCAGCGGCGAGGAGAAGCCCCUGCACGCCCUCCUCCACGGCCGCGGAGCGUGCAGCAACGAGAAGGGAUACAAACCCGCGCACCCACCCAUAGACCGUGAUUCUCGGGAACAUGAGGACACCAUGGCUACAGAGAUUACAGAGGAGCUGCAGCCCGCUAAAGUUCCGCUCCUGACCAAAGACAUUGUCAACAGUAAAAAAGUCCACGCCAUGCGCAAAGAGCUGAAGAGGAAACUGGGAAAGCAACGCUCCAUGGGGUCCCCGAUGGACUACUCCCCACUACCCAUGGACAAACAUGAACCCGAAUUUGGACCCUGCCGGAGGAAACUGGAUGGCAUCAUUCAGGGAAUGAAAGACACUUCUCGAGUAAUGGCUCUAUCCUUGUACCUUCCCAACUGUGACAGAAAAGGCUUCUUCAAACGCAAGCAGUGCAAGCCGUCCCGUGGCCGCAAACGGGGUAUCUGUUGGUGCGUGGACAAGUACGGCAUUCAACUCCCUGGGACAGAUUACAGCGGGGGAGACAUUCAGUGUAAAGACCUGGAGAGCACCAAUAACAACAACGAGUAAAAAAACAAAACAAAAACAUAUGUAAAUGGACCACAAUCAAAUGCCACCCACACCCCAAAUCCUAACUACUCCAAGACCCACAGUUCACAUUUCCUCACUGAAUGACGUGAAUGCUCCUCUCUCACCAGAAGACGUAUUCACCCUCCUGUUACGUUCAUUUCUAAGGAACAGCAGCAAUGUUCCCGGGUCACUUAGGUGUGAAAUUAACCAAAAGUGUGAGAAAAGGAAUUAAAAAAAAAAAAAAGACCUCUAUUUGUAAUCAUUCAAUUUUGUGAAAUGAAUUGAUUACACAUAUUAAGCCAAGCAUAUGACAUUUCAUUCUGGAAAAUUAAAAAAAAAAAAACGUCUUAAUAUGAGUCAAUUUGACUCGCAACAUAACAGGAGGGUUGAGGUUUAUUUUCAAAGACACAAUGUUCAAAAUGAAAAGACCACCUGUAUAUUAUUAUUUUUUUUGUUUUUUGUCAUUGUUGACCAAGCACUCAUCUCCAAAUUGGGGGGGAGGGUAAAGUCCUUGACUGCAGCUCACAGGACACCUUCAACAAGUCAGGUUUUCUGGCUGUCGAUUAAAGAAAAAAAUAUAAGCACAUAACGGAUAUAUUUUUAUAACUGGGGGUGGGUGGGUUGCUGGGUUUCAGGGGGUCGGGACAGUGCAGCAGUUGUAUUCACAAAUUGCAUGCAAAAAUACAAGAGUCCUACACAUGACAUUUGGGGUCUCAAGCAGUUAAUUGGGAUCAUACCCAUUUCAUGGCCAUACUUUUGUAUUUUGUGUGCACAAAUUAGCAUUUUGUGCACACAUGAUAUCAAUAUUUGAGCCACAAUUGAAAAGAAAUAUCCCAUGUCAUGUCAGAGGCUCCAUAUAAAAUUAUUGUGAAAGGGAAAAAUCAGUUGACAGAAUUGAUAUGUUAGAACUGCCCACUGGCAAGAUUGAAACGAGACACGGAUGCCUCACACCAGUUCUAUGGAUAUGUGGUUCUGUCAGAGCACUUAAAUAGGAGCGAGCUUCUUAGACGUGUGUCUUCAGAAAAUAGUGUGCUCGAACGCAUGGAUGUUUACAGUGUGAGUGUGUAGUAUGUAUUAGCCCGCUUUGCUGUAUAAUGGAGUGAGUCUAUUCUAUUACAAAAAAAAAAAAGAAUGUCAUUUUAUUUCUCUCGUUUGGUUUUUGCAUUGUCGCAAGUGGUGCUUGCAGACCGCUCUCUGGUGUAAAUUCGUGUUAGACGUGGAGCGUUUGGCAAAAAAAAAAAAAAGCGUGCCGAUCGUUACAGGUGGACUUGUGUGAGUGGCUCUUUGACUAUGUAGCUAGCCUGAUAUGCCAACUGUGCCUAUUUUGAACAGACACUGCCAAGCGGGGGCCAUGACUUACCUGAUGAAAUAAAAGGCAAAAAAACAACAACAAAAAAAAAGUGCUUUUCACCUGACAGAACUCCCUUUUGUCUUUUUGAGUUGAGUCCACGAUUAAAUGUACAAAGUCAGGGCCGGUGGUUCAUUGGGAUUCUAUUGCUUGAGGAGUUUUCUUUGUGCCGUUUUAUUUGCCUUCAGUGAAGAACAGAUAGCCCACUUUUUGAGCCAUGUUCGCGUUUUUAUCAAGUGGUUUCCCCCUUUAUGUUCUGAAAUAUAGUCAGUGAAUGUGUUGUUUUGGAUGGUUGGGGAAUAAAAGACAGCCUAUUAUGAAUUUGAACAUGUUAUUGUACAUGACUUCGGUUGGUCCCUACAAAUGUUUUAAGGAGACGGCAGCAUGUAAAGGCUAUCGACACCUUCAUAAAACAAACGAGCCCAUUUGAAUAGUGUUGCUUUUCUGUCUCUCAGUAUGUCCCACCCAGUGCCUUCCUAUAUACAAAUACAUUUAAAUAAUGACGCAACAGUGAUCGAACAUCACGCAGAUUGACAGUUUUUUUCCAGACAGCCCCUCGCAAUGACUGACCCUUGACACGGGGGUCAAGGGGUUGGUGCUUGUUAAACGAGAGGAACAAUUCAAAGCGCUGAGAUUGCCUUUGUCAGAUUUAAUUGGAAUUGCUACCUAUAGGUGGUUCAACAUCCAUGUUAUCGUUGUUUCAGAAGUGAUAAGCUAAGAUUCGUGUAAGCUUGUUUGUUUUUGUUGUUGUUGUGAAUGCUAAUGUGUAUAUUAUUGCCAGAAAGAGAGGCCUCCAGAGGAUGAUUGUGUAGAAGUAAAGAAAUACUUCCCUCUCUGCUUCAAACGAAAGAAACAAUGGAACAUUAAAUAUAGGCUACCAGUUGUGAAUAUACAAUAUGUCCAGGCACUGCCCCACUCCCAGCACCCGUUCCCCACUACCACUUUAAAAAAAAAAAAAAAAAAAAAUCUUGCACUUAUUUCAAGUACCCACUAUUGUUAUUGAUCAGAUAUGGUGGUAUCAAGAAGUCAGUGGAAGAAAAGCAAACACACACUUAAGAAAAUGUCAAUGUUGUGCUCACCUUUUAAAGUUUUUUGGGGGGGGUAAUGUUUGUUGACAGGGGCUCAGCAAGCCCACGCCUGGGGCAUCCACUAUAGCAGAAACUAAAGGAGCAAAAGAAAACAGCGAAAGGUGUUCUCUCUUCACACUGAUAGGAAUUAAGCAGAGUGGUUGUGGGGCUGUUUUUGUUUUUUUUUUUUUUUGCCAGGGCGGCGACAUAAGGAAAGAGAUCAACCUGUACAGUGGACAUAUUCAGGGCCUAGCCACUUCUCUCGCACGGGGUCUCCGACUACAUAUCACUAGAUACAAGUUAGUAAAACAGCAUGACAGGAGGCAGUGAAAUCUGGAGAAUGAACUAUUGCAGCCAGUGUUGGAUUACAAUGAUUGUUUUAAAGAAUAUAGAUAUGCUAUACCUGUAUCUAGUAAUUUCAUCUCAUUAAGACGACAUGAACAGGUUGAGCUACAUGUGAUUAGCUUUUUAAACAACUGGUCGCAAGUGGCAAGUUCCUCAGGUUUCCCUCGAAUCUCCUGAUUGGUUUUUAACUCACACUUCAUACUUCUGUAGUACAAUAGUGACAGGUUUUUCUGAAUACGUAACACAUUUUGGUUGUCAUGACACAGAACAAUUGGUUAUUAUUUGGGUGUUCUGAAAUAGACUGAAGUGUGGCUCAAGUGCGGGGGAAAAUUGAAAAGGUUGAUUUUUGGAAUGACAGUAAAAGACAAAUAAGAAUACAAAUCCAAUUAUUCAAGUGAAUAUCACUGUGUAAUAUUUAUUCAACUUGUAAUUUAUAUGUACUCUUGUAACCUUUGUCUUUUUUGUUAUGGCAAAGCAUUUAUUUAAAUAAAGUUAUGUAUUCAUUUA